CCCUAUCAACUCUCCAGCGUACUUUGCAAACUUUUCCCAGAUCUAUUGAAGUGAAGAUGGGCGAUCUUGUCUUGGGUCCUAUUGUUGAUGCUACUAUAUCCAAGGUGAUUUCAGCUGCUACUCAGCAAAUCAACCUUGCAGUCAGUUGGAAGGCAGAGCUCAGAAGACUUUGCAACAAGUUGACCAUGAUCCGUGCUCUGUUGGAAGAUGCAGACAGAAGGCAAGUUGGAGACUCAGCUGUGAAGCUUUGGCUUGAGAACCUCAGAGACGUGGCUCGUGAGGCUGAGGAUGUUGUGGAUGAGGUUGUUUAUGAAAGACUGAAACAGGAGGUAUGGAUUCAAAAGCAAAUGAAGAAGAAGGUCUGUCUCUUCUUUACUUUCUCCAAUCCUUUCAUAUUUCGUCUCAAGAUGGCUAAUAAGAUCAAGAAUCUUAUUGCUUCUAUAGUUGAGAUUGAUGAGGAGGCCAGCCAAUUUGGACUUCAGUCCAGACAUGCUAUCCCUGCACCUAGAAGCAACCCUCAAAUGGUAGACCGCUUGUCUGGUUAUUGUCCUAGAGUCAUAGGAAGAGAGAAUGAUGUGUCAAAAAUAGUUGACUUGUUGAUUGAUCCAAAUAAUGAGGAGUCCCUUUCUGUUAUAUCUGUAGUGGGUAUGGGGGGUCUAGGAAAAACCACCUUAGCAAAAUCAGUGCAAAAUCAUGAGAAAAUAGUGAGGAAUUUUGGUAAAACAAUUUUCAUUUGUGUGUCUGAAGUCUUUGAUGUCAAAAAAAUCCUAAAAGAGAUGUUAGAAUCUCUCACCAAAGAGGUUUGUUUAAUUGAAAAUGAGGCUAUCAUAGUGGGAAAAAUACAAGAUGAGUUAAAAAAUGAAAACUAUCUACUCAUCUUAGAUGAUGUGUGGAAUGAGGAUAGAAUGAAGUGGGAAGCCUUAAGGGGUUGUUUGUUAGAAAUAACUAAAAAUAAAGUAAGUAGAAUGGUUGUGACAGCUCGAAGUGAAAAUGUAGCAUCUAUAAUGGGAGCACUUGGAGAGCACAUGUAUCAUCUUGAAGGACUAAAAGAUGAAGAGUGUUGGUCUAUAAUAAAGCAGAGAGCAUUCGGAGGUUCUUCAGUGCUUGAUCUGGAGUUGGAAGCAAUUGGAAGGCAGAUCGCUAAAAAAUGUAAAGGUGUACCCUUAGUUGCCAUUGUCAUUGGGGCUAGUCUGAGUAAUCCAAGGGAUAGAGAUGAAUGGGUGUCAGUUAACAAUAGUUUUGAUGCAAGGAGUUCACUGGAAGAUGAUAGGCGGACAUGGACUCUUCGAGUUUUACAGUUGAGUUUUGAUCGCUUACCUAACACAACAUUGAAGCAAUGUUUUGCCUUUUGUUCCAUUUUCCCCCAGGAUUGGAAAAUUGAAAAGGAAAUGUUAAUUCAACUUUGGAUGGCUGAAGGCUUUCUUCAACCAUCACAGGGAAGUUCUAUGGAGGAUAUUGGUAACAAGUAUUUCAAUGACUUCUUAUCAUAUUGUUUGUUUCUAGAGGAAGAAAGAGAUUCAACUGGAAAGAUUAAGUCAUGCAAAAUGCAUGAUUUAAUUCAUGAUCUUGCCACUUACAAUUCAAAAUCUGAAACACUUAUUUUGAAAGCUGGUUCAGAGAGCAACAUUGCACAUGUUCGGCAUUUGAAUCUCGUUGAUGCUGGGAAAAUAGUGCCUACAAAUUUAGCAGAGGUGGCUGGAAAACUACGAUCCUUAUUUCUCAGAGGUUAUAUGUUUUGCAAGAUGCCAGAUAGCUUCAAAAGGUUACGCAUUCUUAGCUGUGGUGAAGGUUAUGCUAAGCAAUUGCCAACUUGGAUUGGCAAGAUGAAGCAUUUGAGGUAUCUAGACAUUUCAUGGUCUGAAAUUAAAGAACUACCCCAGUUUAUUAUGGAGUUGUAUAGUUUGCAGACAUUGAGGUUCAUGUAUUGUUUUCUGAUUGAAAAACAGCCAGAAGGGGUGGAAAACUUAGUCAGCUUGAGACACAUUUAUUUCAGUGGAAAAAGUUGUGUGCCACUCAAAAUUGGUAGGCUAAAGGAUCUUCAAACGUUGCAGUUAUUUGUUGUCGGUCUACAAGAGGGAAGUCGAAUUGAGGAAUUGGGAUGCUUAAGCCAACUUGGAGGUGAAUUAAGGAUAUGUCAUCUAGAGCAGGUUGAAAACUACUCAGAAGCCGAGAAAGCAAAACUUUCAGAAAAGAUUGGACUUCAUGAGUUGAGAUUGGAGUGGACAGAUAGAAAUACAGAAGAAUGUAAUCAUGAUGAAGAUGUGUUAGCAGGCCUCAAACCUCCCCCAAAUUUGAGAAACUUAACUAUAGAAUGUUAUGGAGGUGAAAAAUGUCCUCCAUGGAUGGAGCCUAGUUUGAGUGAAUCAUUUUCGCUCGACAAUUUGGUGGACUUGAAAAUCUUAAAAUGUAAAAAGUUGGAAAGCAUACCAAUCAUGAUCGGGUUAUCAUCUCUUCAACAGCUUCGAAUUCAAAAUUGCCUUGAAUUAACCAGAAUCGGAGAUGGAGUAUUUGCCUUUCCGAAGUCCCUCAAACGACUAGACAUUUGGUCAUGUCCAAGAUUGGAAACAAUUGGGGAUAGUAUUUCGACCCUCACAUGCCUAGAAGAGUUAGAUCUAUCUGGAUGUGAAGAUCUGAGGCUCAUUCCAAUCAUGAGCGGGUUAUCAUCUCUUCAACAGCUUCGAAUUCAAAAUUGCCUUGAAUUAACCAGAAUCGGAGAUGGAGCAUUUGCCUUUCCGGCGUCUCUCAGACAACUACGCAUUUCGUCAUGUCCAAGAUUGGAAACAAUUGGGGACAGUAUUUCGACCCUCACAUGCCUAGAAGAGUUAGAUCUAUCUGGAUGUGAAGAUCUGAGGCUCAUUCCAAUCCUGAGCGGGUUAUCAUCUCUUCAACAGCUUCGAAUUCAAAAUUGCCUUGAAUUAACCAGAAUCGGAGAUGGAUCAUUUGCCUUUCCGGCGUCUCUCAGACAACUACGCAUUUCGUCAUGUCCAAGAUUGGAAACAAUUGGGGAAAGUAUUUGGACCCUAACAUGCCUAGAAGAGUUAGAUCUAUCUGGAUUUGAAGAUCUGAGGCCCAUUUCAAGUGUAAAUGGGCUUUCCUCUCUAAGAGAGUUACGGAUUGCCAGAUGCAGUUCAGUGGUGAGUCUAACAAAUGGACCGUCCUCCUGCACUGCUCUUAAAAAAUUGAUCAUAAGUGGCUGCCAUAAUCUGAUCUCCAUCUCAGAAGACUUGAAGGAUUUGCAUUCUCUGGUUGAUUUAUGUAUUAUGAGAUGUGAAAAUUUGAGGAGUAUUCCGGAGGAGAGCUUCAGCUGUCUUGUCUGCUUGGAGCGUUUGGGAAUUGGUGGUUUCUCAAAAGAGUUGGAGGAAUUCCCAAAUCUCAAUUCCAUCCACCACCUCCACGCCUCCCUUCAAGAAUUAACCUUGUUUGGGUGGGAAAAACUAACGUAUCUACCACCUCAAAUUCAACACCUCACUUCUCUAAGGGAAUUGCGUAUAUAUACUUUCAAUCAAGUGGAAGCUUUGCCAGAGUGGUUGGGAAGCUUGUCAUCUCUUCAAUCUCUGAAUAUUGACAACUGCACAAAAUUGAAAUAUCUGCCUUCUGCACAAGCCAUGCAACGCCUCUCCAAGUUGCAGCGUCUUACAAUUUUUGAAUGUCCAGAGCUAAAAGGAAGAUGUGCAAAGGAAACUGGCCUUGAAUGGUUCAAAAUUUCUCACAUUCCAAUCAUCCGAAUGGAUUUUGAGGACAUCCAAAUGGAUUUUGAGCGCAUCCAAUACCAAGGACAUUGAGCCCUUUUUCUGAGGGAUUCCUAUGCACUUAAGAUGAGCAAGCUCUUGCUGGUUAUUUUUAUGAUAUUGUUUUGAGCAGCAGCAUCUUGAAUAUUAAGGAUUUUGAUUAUAAGAGAGUUCUAUGAAGGGGAAGCUUUGACACAAUUGUUGGAGAACUUGUUCAUCAUUGGAAGACCACAUUUCUACUCAAAAUCUGUAAUAAUUGCCUUCUACUGGAGCCAUGCAAUGCCAAGAGGGACUCUGACUGAUUAGAAGUUUCUUGCAUUCCAAUAUUCAAGUAGAACGAGUGCAUCCCAUUCCAAGAAUAUUGAGCUUCUCGGGGCCAUCCAAUGCCAAGAGGUACUGAUUGAUUCAAAGUUCCUCACAUUCCAAUAUCCAAGUAGACCAAGUGCAUCCAAUUCUAAGAAGAUUGAACAUCUCAGGUAUAUUUUAUUAAACCUCAACUUCUGUAAAAACUUCCCAUCCAUCACUAAGUUUAUCCUCACCAUCACCAUAUUAGUAAGCACAUUUAUCUUUUCAUCAAUUCAGACUUCAAAGCAACACCUGAAAUCAAAUUUGUCAAUUUAUAUGGUAGUCCCUGGAAGUUCCAUUUUUUUGCAGGGCAAUACAUGAGUAAUACUUCUAGACCAGCUUAUGUGAGAAUGAUCCAAUUAUCCAAACAUGGAUCUAUUGAUUUCACAUACUUAGAGAUGAGUACAGGUUAGAACUAUUUUAAAUUACCAGCACAUGAAAUCUAUUGCAUUCUUCAUUUGAUGGUGUUUUUAGUUAUCAUACUCUCUCUCAUCCUAUCUCCAUUUUAUCAAUUUUGCAGAACUUAGCCUUAAACUCAGUGUCACUCUGUAAAUUGAAGCAGAAGAAGGAAUUAUGUCAUACAUGACUUUUAAGCAUGGAACCUUAAGUGGUAAUAGAUUAUAUUCUUUUCAUUAGGAAGUCACUUGACAAAGCAAAAUUGUAUCAACUCUAGCUGCAGCUGUGCAAACUUCAGUUGUCAGUAGACGGUCCCUUACUUGAGUAUCACAGCCUCAUUUCCAAUUAGCGUAAACCACAUUCUUUCAGAGAGAUAGUUAAAGGAUGAGCAAUUUUGUGCUAGAGGCUCAAUAUUUUGUUCUGGAUGGCAACAUCUUCAAUAGGAGGAUUAUCAACUUCUCUGAUAUAUCAAGGAGCUAACUAGACUUUGCUUUUCUGCACUUUGAUUAUGCUCUAGAGACUUGCUACAUGACAAUGGCUGCUACAUUUCAAUCAUCUACCGUUUUGAUCCCAAUGGCAGUAGAAUUAUAUGGGUUAUGAGUUUUGAUAUAAGAUUUGGUGAACAGAGCUUCUACUGAAGAUAUGGUGAAAAAAAAAAUUCUAGAUGUUUGUUUGUACUUUGAUAUUCACAUAGUGAAGUAUUCUCCUAAUUCUGUCUGUACACUAAAUCUGUUUCUUUAAACUUCUUUGAUUAUCUGUUUUCGUAUCUAAUGGUGAAGUCGUACCUCAUGUCUAAAACACUAUCUGUAAUGGUGCACUCUUUUGAGUGUUGAAGU